AAGGGGAGGCGCCGAGGGAGGGUCCGCGGCCGCCGCGGGAGGCCGCACCGCCGUCCCGUCACGGCGUCGCCCGCCCGCGAACCCGGAAGUGGCCGAGCCCGCGCGCCGCCGCCGUCGGCCGCACUCGGGCUCUCGGGCAGCGCGCGGGGACGGGCCAUGGCCGCGGGGGCCGCCGCAGGUGGCGGCGCGCGGUGAGGCGAGCGCGGCGCCCCCCUGCGGGGCGCAUGGGACGCGGCGGGGCGGGCGGCUGGAAUGGUGCUGGCGGCGGCGCUCGGUGCCUGCGUUCUGAAGCCCGCCCGGAGCCACCAUGGAGACGCCGCCGCUGCCUGGCGCAUGCACAAAGCAGGGUCAUCAGAAGCCUCUCGAUUCAAAAGAUGAUAAUACUGAAAAACACUGCCCAGUGACAGUGAAUCCUUGGCAUAUGAAGAAAGCUUUUAAAGUCAUGAACGAAUUAAGAAGUCAAAAUUUGCUCUGCGAUGUCACUAUUGUGGCUGAAGACAUGGAAAUCUCUGCUCAUAGAGUGGUGCUGGCUGCCUGUAGUCCUUAUUUCCAUGCCAUGUUUACAGGUGAGAUGAGUGAGAGCCGAGCCAAGAGAGUACGAAUAAAAGAGGUGGAUGGCUGGACCCUGAGGAUGCUAAUUGAUUAUGUUUACACUGCAGAAAUUCAGGUUACAGAAGAAAAUGUGCAGGUACUUCUCCCAGCAGCUGGUCUGUUACAGUUACAGGAUGUGAAGAAGACUUGCUGUGAAUUCUUAGAGUCUCAGCUUCACCCUGUUAACUGCUUAGGAAUCCGGGCUUUUGCUGACAUGCACGCGUGCACAGACCUCCUGAACAAGGCCAACACCUAUGCAGAGCAACAUUUUGCAGAUGUAGUGCUUAGUGAAGAAUUUCUCAAUCUUGGCAUUGAACAAGUGUGUAGCUUAAUCUCAAGUGACAAACUUACCAUUUCUUCAGAAGAGAAGGUAUUUGAAGCAGUAAUAGCUUGGGUGAAUCAUGACAAGGAUGUAAGACAAGAAUUUAUGGCUCGGCUGAUGGAACACGUACGGUUACCUUUGCUUCCUCGGGAAUAUUUAGUUCAGCGGGUCGAAGAAGAAACGCUAGUCAAGAACAGCAGUGCUUGCAAAGAUUACCUCAUUGAAGCUAUGAAGUACCAUCUGCUCCCCACAGAGCAGCGCAUAUUAAUGAAAAGCGUCCGGACCCGACUGAGGACCCCCAUGAACCUUCCCAAACUGAUGGUGGUGGUUGGGGGCCAGGCACCAAAGGCAAUCCGAAGCGUGGAGUGCUACGACUUUAAGGAAGAGCGCUGGCACCAGGUCGCUGAACUGCCAUCCAGGAGAUGUAGAGCAGGGAUGGUCUACAUGUCUGGGCUUGUGUUUGCUGUCGGGGGCUUCAAUGGCUCCUUACGAGUGCGCACCGUGGAUUCCUACGACCCUGUGAAAGAUCAGUGGACCAGCGUGGCCAACAUGCGGGACCGCAGAAGCACCCUGGGGGCUGCUGUGUUAAAUGGACUGCUGUAUGCUGUGGGCGGCUUUGAUGGCAGCACAGGUCUAUCAUCUGUGGAAGCAUAUAACAUAAAGUCCAAUGAGUGGUUCCACGUGGCCCCCAUGAACACGCGGAGGAGCAGUGUUGGGGUCGGUGUCGUGGGAGGUCUGCUCUAUGCGGUAGGAGGCUACGAUGGUGCUUCCCGCCAGUGUCUUAGCACAGUCGAGUGCUAUAAUGCAACAACAAACGAGUGGACCUACAUUGCAGAAAUGGGCACCAGAAGGAGUGGAGCAGGUGUUGGUGUGUUAAACAACUUAUUGUAUGCAGUAGGGGGUCAUGACGGCCCAUUAGUCCGUAAAAGUGUUGAAGUGUACGAUCCCUCCACCAAUACCUGGCGACAGGCUGCGGAUAUGAACAUGUGCAGAAGAAAUGCAGGAGUUUGUGCAGUUAAUGGUCUGUUAUAUGUAGUUGGAGGAGAUGAUGGUUCCUGUAACUUGGCAUCAGUAGAAUAUUAUAACCCAACAACUGAUAAAUGGACAGUCGUGUCAUCUUGUAUGAGCACGGGGAGAAGUUAUGCAGGGGUCACAGUUAUUGAUAAACCGUUAUGAGCCUGCAGACGAAGCCGGCGUGUUCAGACAGAACAGGCUUCACCAAGAAUUUCUGAAGUGAUGAAACUGGAGCCCUGCUCCACUUACAGCUGCACUUUAAGUCUCAGCAGAAGCUAAGCUCAUCUGCCUUCCUAGGCCUCAGAUACUGAAGAUUAUUUUUGGCAGAAGCACCGUGUAAGCUUUUUCUGCAACGAGCAGCAGCUGACUGAAUUUUCUCAGAACCUCGGGCUGCGGUACUUCUUCUGUAGUCUUUAGGCAACAGUUGCUUUCAUCGAGACUGGUUCUUCGCAGUCUUCAUUGACGAUGGGUUACUCCAUGAAAGGAGGAGAAAGAAAUGUGUGUUCUGUAAAAUUAACUUUUCUCUUUAUUCCUCCUCAUGAAAACCUGUAUACACAGGAACGGAAACUCUGAACAGGCAUUAAAAAUCUAUGUAAGUAUACAACCUAGUUGAGGGAUAAAACUGUUUGCUUUUAUAAAAUACCUUUGAUUACAUGAGUAUAAUUGUGUGCAUAAAAAUGUGUGUCUAUAUGCUUUCCUUUCAAUAUGUUUGAAAAAAUGUUUGAAACUUGAUUAUACUAUUUAUAAUUGGCACAGUACUUUGAAUUAUGCCAGUCCCACAUUGUAAAACAGAGUUGUAUUUUUUGAUAUUUAACAAUGCUUAACACUUUAAAAAUGCCACUUCUGAGGAAUGAAUAUGGUGUAACACACUUGAAUAUGUGUGAUGAUGCCAAACUUUUUUAAAUAAAAUAUAAAUUAAUGCUUAUUUAUUAUUUCCUUUAGUUUAACUUUGGUCAUGUUUUGGUGUAUAUUUUUUUUUCUUAAAAGUAACACUUUGGCAUGAACAUAACUGCAGGUUUUUGAUGAAUAUAAUGAAUGUAUGGAAUUCAACAGAAUUUGCAUGGUCUUAAGAAUUUUUCUGUGGUUAAAUAUAGCUGCUAUUAACAGAAGAGAGAACUUUCUGUGAGUAGCCAAGUGCGUUGAUCAGAUACAAUUUUUCUGAGAUCUUCAAGUAAUCUCACUUUAAAAAUGACCAAAACAUGUCUUUCUUGAAUUACCUUUGAAUAAAACUUUAUAUAUUA